GUCCGUGCCUUCCGCUCGGCGAAGCACGAAGCGGAGGGGUGGAGACCAGUAGAGACAAACGAGAUUAGCGAUCUGCCGAUAAUUUGGUGCGUGUUUUCGCGGACGUGAGGGUCGGUCGUAUCGUCACACAAGCCGCCUGUCGAGACAUCCCGAGAACGAAACGCGAUGUCUGACCCUACGGGUGAUCAUGUAGAUGUGUUGGAUGAGGAGUUGGAGUCCGAUUAUAAACCUCCGCCGGAGAAGAGUAUCGAACAGAUCCUGGAGGCGGACAAAGAGGAUGAGAGUUUGCGGAAAUAUAAGGAGACGCUUCUGGGAGAAGCAAAGGCUGGUGGUAUCGUAGUGGAUCCCAAUGAUCCUAGAAAGGUAAUAGUAAAGAAAUUGGCGCUGUGUGUCGCUGAUCGACCGGAUAUGGAGUUAGACUUAACUGGUGAUUUAGCACAAUUGAAAAAACAGACAUUUGUCAUCAAGGAAGGCGUGAGCUACAGAAUCAGAAUUGAUUUUAUUGUACAGCGUGAGAUUGUGCAUGGAUUGAAAUAUGUUCAGAAGACGUAUCGUCUUGGUGUGCCUGUUGACAAGAUGACACAUAUGGUAGGCUCAUAUCCCCCUAAAACAGAGCUUCAAUCUUAUACUACUCCACCUGAGGAUGCGCCAUCCGGCGUCGUAGCGCGAGGAUCUUAUAGCGUCAGUUCUCUCUUCACAGACGAUGACAAGCACGAACAUCUCAAAUGGGAAUGGGCGUUCGAAAUCAAGAAAGAUUGGAAGGAAUAAACCAUCUUUUAUCUUGUUUGGAUACAAGGAAGUCAGGAAGAUGAUAAUUUACAAUUGCUAGCCUUAUCACACUUUGCAAAUAAUAAUUAAGAACGUGAAAUGCCAAAACACAGACUUGGAUGAAUGAUUUAUAAUAUUCUUUAGUUGUGGUCUCGGCGUUGUCAUAAAAAUUAAUAAUAUAUUUUAAGUAACAGAAGAGAGAAAGAAUAUAAACAAUAUUUAUUAAAAGUUUUCUUUGUAAUUGUUUGAAUAUUUGAUCAUAAAGUAGUACUCAAGAAUUGCAAAGUAUACAUACAUAAUCUUUAGUCACUAGUACAAGCAGAUACCAGUAGAAAUGACUUAAGCGACGCACGACGUGACAAACCAGUGUUUCCAGGAAUGAUGAGUAUUAGAUGCAUGAGUGAAAUUUAUAGUGAAUGUUAAAGCCAACAUUUGAUCCACUAUAUAUGUAUAAUAUUAAUUAAGAGAAAAGAAAAUGCUCCAAAAUAUUUAGAUAAUAUUUGUACAACAUGAUUUUCGGACAGCGAUCAGAGUUUGCUUGAUUAUUAUACAUUCAUCACAUAUUUGAUAUUCUAUAUAAUGUUAUACAAAAUUAUAUGUUAAAUAUCUAUUAACGAAAAAAUUGGUGGAAGGAAAGUUACAAAAAUAGCAUAGCUACAGUAUUUCUAUUCUUCUAUAUAAAUUAAAAUAUUCCUAAAAAAUCAUAUUAUGUUCAUAAUAAAUUUUGAAUGUUGCAUAGCAAAUUAGAUUAUAUUCAAUUGCAUAAUAUAUUAUAAUGAGUUACUGAUCUCACAAAUAUAUUAAAUUCUAUCAUCUUGCAAAAUAGAUGAUAAUUUUUCCUUAUAAUUCUGGCAAUAUUAUUAUUUAUAAUAAUAAUAAAAGAGAUGUAGAAAAAUUUCUCUAUAUUGAUGACUUUUAAUGGCUUUAUAUAAUUUGUAUUAAACAUUAAUAUUUUUGUUAUUUAUUUAUAAAUAUAUGAAAUUGAUUGAUUUUUCUGGUCAAAGAUGUAAAAAAGAAACCUUUCAAUAGAUAGUGCCAUAAGUAGUCUCAGUCAAUUUUGGAUCGUUGUCCGAUAAGAUGAUACUACACUUAUAUAUCUUUAUUUUAUAAUGUAAUUAUUUCUAUAUAUUGCCAUGUAAUGGACGAGGAUAUAUUGAUUUAGUUAUAGCUCAAGCAAGUAUCUUAUGGAUAUAAAUGCGCACUUAUCAGUAGUAAAAAUCUAGAAUGUUUUACAAACAUAUAAAUAUGGCAUCUGUUUAUAUUCUUCUUGCAGAAAAAUAUUCACGAGGAUUAUUAUCGGGAAUAAUAUUAACAUAAAUAAUGCAUAUGUGUGUGCAAAUUGAAAGUUCCAAAAACCAUGUCUUUUAUGGAGAAUAGUGAAUGCAUUUAUCCCGCAAGUAACUAGAAUCAUUCAAAAUCUUAAUUAUCCUAGAAACGCGCACACCACCAACAAUUAAUCAAUGUGUAAAAAAUUUGUAUAUUUAUAUAACCAUAUUGUAUUAGUCUGUGGUGUCUUUUCGAUAAUCAUACUGAUCAAUCGUGUAGGAAUACCACGUAUUUGUACGAUAAUGAGCGAUGACAAAGAGAAGAAUAUAUAUUAGUAUAGACAUUUUGUACCUUUACUACGAGCUUCAUGAGAGAAAUAAAUAGAUUGAGAAUAGUUACCUCAUUGGAAAGUUACACAAAGUAUAUAUUGAUACGUAUUUGUGCAAAUGAAAUAGAAUCACAUUUUGUAUUUUUCAUCCAAAACAUAUUUUUCCAUUACACAAACAACAUAGUUGUUUCGAUUGUACUCUUUUAGCUCCAAUAAUAUCUUUUUUUUUAUCAUCAAAUAUAAGAGGAUCCUUAGUUUUCCUUUAUCGCUCUUAUUUGUACAUUCAUUUGUAUUUUGUAAAUGAUGGGAGAAAAGUAGAAAGAAAGAGAGUCUUCUAGCAUUGGGAUUAUUCAAGCUUAGAAUUUGAGUGUACUUCAUCGUACUUUGUACAUCACGCGUAUUCAUUUGUAUUAUGUGACACAAUAUAUAUAUAUAUUGUAUGCGGCGAAUCCGUUUGUGUAUAGCAAAUAUACAACCUAUGUCAAUA